AUGCCUGUUUCACAUAUCAAUGUUGUUAGAAAGUUAGAGCAAUUCAAAAUUUCAAACUCGAUUUCUCUAAAAUCAUGAUUUUUAAGUUGUAUCGUUUUAGCUACAAAUGAACCGUAUAUGUAUUAAGAAUUAAUAUUGCGUUGAAAAUAUGGACAAUAUUAAACUCCAUUCGGUAUUUACAUAAUUUCCGCGAAAACUGUAUGUAUGCACUUGAUUUUACGAAACUUUUUUAGGCACAGUAUGGUGGCAGCACAGUCUCGUAAAAUGUGACGUGCAUGAUAAUUUCUGACAGCAUUUGAAUUUCAUUUUACAUAUCGUGUAUCUAUUUGCCUCUGAAAGUAAAUUACUUUGUGAAAUUGUGUAAGUACAGUUAUCAGAAGUAUUGCUGCAACACGUGAACAACGAAUUUAGUGUGACUGUUGUAAUUUAAAGUAUAAUUUACGGCAAUAACUUGUAACCCAAUAAUGGGAAGCAGCAGCCAGUUAUAUAGUCUCUCUUGGGGAGAAUUCAAUUCGUCGUUGGCUUCUGCAGUGCAGCUAUUAAGAGGUCACGGCGAUUUGGUGGAUGUUACUUUGGCUGCUGGUGGACGUAGUUUUCCUGCACACAAAAUAGUUCUCUGUGCAGCUAGUCCUUUUCUGCUAGAUUUAUUAAAGAGCACACCGUGUCAGCAUCCAGUGGUUAUGCUAGCUGGUAUAGGUGCAGACGAUUUAGAAUCUUUAUUGGAGUUUGUAUAUCGAGGCGAAGUAAGCGUAGAACCGUCUCAAUUGCCGUCGCUACUGCAAGCUGCUCAUUGUCUUUGUAUUCAUGGACUAACGCCGCCUACUAUAUUAACCGAAAAUGGGGAGGAGGUACCCGUAUCUGCAAUACCGACACCAAACGAAACUUCAUCAAAAGAAACCUCCAGUCCUUAUUUUCCAUUAAAACGAAGAAAGAAAAGGAGAAAGUCUUCCUCGUCUUCCGGAAAAUGGCCACGUACUGGGAGCAACGUUGAUAACGAAAAUAAGCAUAUAGGUGACCAUAAGGACGUCGACAAUACCGAACAUGGUGAUGACACAGCAGCCAGCGAUCGAUUGGAAUAUUCGAAUCAUCGGAGUUGUCAUUCGCCUCGUGCUCAAGAAGCGCAACCAAUCUCGAUGUCGACAGAAAAUUCUCAAGCAGGACCACAUCAGGAUCAAAUGUCGGAUAACGAGUCGCAUCUGCACACUUUAAUGCCGAUGCAGCCGUACUCUCCGCUGCAUAUACCGCAAUUUCCCGGGCCUCUCGGUAUGGCUUUUCCCCCUGGAAUACCACUGCCGUUGGUUAGCCAGGGCUCAACAGCUGGAACGGCGUCCUGCGGGCUAACUGGGAACAUGAAUUUGUCGAAAAUACGCGGUGCAUCCGAUUGUCCAGGCGUUUGUCCGCUGUGUGGUGCCACGUUACGGCAAGCGAGAAAUCUUCGGAGACACCUGUUAUCCUCUUGCAAAUAUCGGUUUAGUAGUAAUUCAGUUCAGAGUUCCCCAGCCGACGCGAUGAUGAUCGAAAUAAAGCCCGAGGUCGAGCUGCCCGGUUACAAUGAGCAAUCGAUGACCUACGGGACCGACAGCGGCAGUAGUACCUGUGAGCAAAUCGUUUGCAAGCCCAGUCCACUUCCUUCCCCGACCUCGCAAGGGCCGAACGUUGUCUCACCUCAAAGCAACGUUUCUUCGCCAACUAUUGCCAGAUGAAUCGACAGACUAUCCAACCGUUUCAACUGGAUAAAUUCAAUGCGAACAGAAUUGUUCAUUGGUUCUGUUACUGUGAUUCGGGGUCUACCUUACCUUUAACUUACCUUUUUUUUUCAGUGAUCCUCAGUGUCACUCUUGUUUCGCACUGAUAUACUACGGUGAGAGGGGUAAUACCGACGCUGGGAAAAAUAUAAAGUACAUUUCAGUGAAUCUUAAAUUAAGGUUGUGACUGACUCGGGAGUCGGAUCAUUUCUCUAUAGGAAGAAAUUUUCAUUCGAACAAAAUGAAAGUAGGAAAUACUGAUGAGAACUCCGGAUAGAAUGCAAUGAAUUUCACAACGCAGCGUCAUGUAACGAUUACAUUUUCGUAAUGCAACGAGCAUUAUGGUUUUAUUUCUGUUACUUUUACUAUGUUUCAGAAUCUGUUUAUACGAUAAUAAAACAAGUUAAAAUUGUUUAUCAGCUCAUUGUAAUCUCACUGGUAUCACUGUGUUCGUUCCUUUAUUCGUAUCCUUAGAGUUUCGUUAAUUUUAGUUUAUAUGUAUUAUUAUAUAGCGUAUAUUCGAUGGGGACAUUUGCAUCUCUGCACGUGUACAGCUUAAUGUACGAUAAUUUAGAAAGUAGUUGACUCGUACGAUGUAACAAUAUAAAGCUGAAACGAAAGUAUAUUUACAAGCCGGUAACAUUUUAUAAUCGAUCAUUUUUUCGAUGAAAGUUUCUUUCUACGGAAAAGCAAUAACAUAGAAACAUCAAUUGAAUUUCCACAGACAAGUUCUAGACUCGAUUAGAUUUCUAUGGAUCGUGUUCUACGGAUAUCUGCGUUAUCAUUCUUUUUUUAUCGGUAACUUCAUUUAAGCAAGUGCAAUCAUUCUUUCUGUAUCAUUCGAAUGUACUUACGCGAAUCAAUAAUAUUCAAAUAUUAGCUUGAAUUGCGCGUCGAAAGAGAUGGAAUCGACUGAAUAUUAUUUUAAACGGUCUGCUAGCACGAAUUCUUUGUUACAUUACUCGUAUAGUUUAUUUUAUAUUUUAUUUUCAUCUCGAUCAUUUCUUUUUCUAUCAAGAUUUUUCUACGAACCCAGAAACAUUUCGUGUGGAACAGUUAUAAACAAAUCUUCCAGGUUAGCGAGUAAGAAUUAGAGUAUUAUAGGGGAUAACAGGAAUAGCGUUCGAUAACAAAGUUAUGCAUAGUGACAGCGAUGGUACAGGUAUCUGCAAAGUACUUGGACGGUUUUUAUACCUUUCGAAUAUUCGUUUAUGCGAUGAUUCCCUUACGGAUCGAAUCUAUGUCAUCUUUGAAUAAUGCACGUGCGGAUAGAAUUCGGAUGCCUAUCCAUUAUUCGUUCAUAUAUAUAUCAUUGUUUGUCAGCAUCGUUGAAGUUUUUAUCGUCGUCGACAUCGUAAACCGUUUUAAUAAAUUCUUUUACUGGUGGAAAAGUCAAGUUCCUAGAUACAUAAUUUAUUCGUUUCGUAAUUAUCGAUACACGGACUGACGUUUCGUUUCACAAACAAUCGUGUAUAUCGAAAUGCGUGUUUUGCGUUGACGUACCUAAUCGACGUUAGGUAACGGAGUUUCUCAAGGGGAUAGUAAAGAUUUAUUUUCAUCUAAAGCAUUACUAUUCUUGGAAAUAAAAAUCAUUAUAUACAACACA